AUGCACCUCUCCCGGCUGCUGGCCUGCGCCCUCCUGCUCACGCUGCUCUCGCUGCGACCCUCCCAAGCCAAGCCCGGGGCGCAGCCUAAGGUCCCGCGCACCUCGUCCGGGGAGGAGGCCACCGAGACCCAGGCUGCGGGCGGCGGUCAUAAGAAGGGCGACAAGGCGCCCGGGGGCGGCGGCGCCAACAACAAGGGGGACCGGUCGCGCCUGCUCCGGGACCUGCGCUUGGACAACAAGUCGCGGGCCUCGUGGGCUCGUCUCCUGCACGAGAACCCCAACUCGCGCAAAUACAAAGGGAACAAGAAGGGCUUGCCCAACGGCUGCUUCGGCCUCAAGCUGGACCGGAUCGGCUCCAUGAGCGGCCUGGGAUGUUAGUGCGGCGACCUCUGGCGGCGGACUGGGACACGGCUCCGUUGUGAUGAGGUUUCCAUGACCAUCAGCCCCCCAGCCUCUGGAAGCAUCUCCGUGGAAGUGUGGCUCUUCCUUCCUUCCUCCUCCCGGUCCUGGGGAGACACACCACCAGCUGUUUGAUGAUUUUUAUGAUUCUGGGGGCCGUGGGGGCCGUGAUUUCAUUGUUUGUUCGUUUCCAUGGAAAAAAUAAUAAUAAAAAGUUCUAUAUAUGAUAAAUAGAUUAUAUACAUGAAACACACACACCUACACCGACUUGAUGACAAAGGGACAGCUUUUCAAAGACUGGCAAGACCAGCUGUAAACCACUGCUGUUUGUAAAUUCAUGUCGUGCAUAAACGUAUUUAUGUUGUAAAGCUAUUUAUAUUGUUUAUAGAGAGAUAUUUAUAAAAAUUUUAUUUAUGUAACGAAAUGAAAGAAGCCAAUCAUUGUAAUGUUAUUGUCUUAACUAGUUGAAAUAUGUAAAAAGGGAGAAAAAAAAGUCAUUCCAUGAA